GGCAACUUCAAGACAUACCGAUGUCGUUCUACAUCCAGGUGCUCGACGAACUGGUUGACGAGCUUGUGUCACGGAAGGACCCGCACAUUGCAGCAUUGGCGUCUUCGGAACCAGAGGUCGCUUCAGCUCUCCUCGAUGCUGCUCGCUCGCUUCAGAAUGGCACGGCAACGACUCAGACGCUCGCUCAGCUGGACCAGGUCAUCCAAACUGCCCAUACCAAGAUAGCUUCCUGUACUGCCGCCGCUCAGUUCGGCUGGAGGCGCUUCUACACGGAGACAUCCAUUCUGAGAGCCCUUGGCGGACUUACCUUCUGUGGAGACGACGUGACCGAGGAAGCUGCGCUGGCCAGCGUCAAAGCCCUCGACUCCGCUCUUAUCAUAGCAGCCGCACCAGGGGAAGGUCGCUUGGACCUGAUUCACGAACUCAUAUGUCAGAUACAGUCAGUGAAUCUCAAACCAGCGAGCGCCUCCGGCCGGUUACUUGGUGGUCCUUCGUCUCGUGUGGGAGCAUAUGGCCCUACGCCCUGCGGCAGCGAUGUUCCUUCCCUGUCAUCUGCUCCUUCAUUUCUCUCUUUUCAGGAGCAAUGGUCAAAGACCCCGUUCGUCCUGCGGCGACAUGUAUCUGAUUGGCCUGCUCUCACGAACCACCCCUGGCGCUCCGUUGAAUAUUUGCAAUCACUAGCUGGCCCCGGCAGGAUCGUGCCUGUUGAAGUUGGCGCUGACUAUAGGUCGGAUAGCUGGACACAAAAGCUGCUGGAUUGGGACAACUUCCUUAGCGCCAUAUCUUCUCGUGAUGAUCAGAAUCCACAUUCCGAUGAUGUGCUAUACUUGGCCCAGCACAAUCUAAUGAUCCAGUUUCCUCAGUUGCGCGACGACAUUAUCAUCCCCGACUAUGUGUAUUCCACGUUGUCUCCGCCUCACAGCUUCCUGCAGUACAAGCCCCCAGGAAAUGAAGAACAGCUGGUAAUAAAUGUUUGGCUCGGUCCAGCCGGAGCUAUAUCUCCGGCACAUACGGACCCCUACUUCAACUGCUAUGCUCAGGUAGUAGGGAGAAAAACUGUCUGGCUGGCGCCUCCAGAGGUGACCGAGUCCAUGUAUCCUUACGCAGGGAAAGAGAGUAGCCACCCUGCCGCGAAUCACACGAAUCCUUCGAUGAGCAACACUUCACGCGUUGACGUUUUCCCCCGAAGUAAAGAAAUGGAAGAGCGCUCCAGGGAAGAGCAUCCGGCUUUUUGGGCGGAGGCGUCGCGGGCCGCACUAUGUACCGUGUUGGAACCAGGCGAUUUGCUGUUCUUCCCUCCUGGCUGGUGGCAUGCGAUGCGGAGCGAGGAGACGAGUUUUUCCGUGUCGAUGUGGUUUUGAGACAUAUUGUCCAUAUGUAGGAAACAAUGGAUGGGGAUUUGGAUAGUGAAAUGGAGAUGCAGCACGUUCAACCAUCGUAAUUAGCAUCGCUGUACUUGGGGCUUGAAUUGAGUUGCGUU